AUAAAGUCUAAUAGAACCGGUAGUUGAGGGCUUCCGUCUUUCGCUUCGCAGGAAGGGUAGAUGGGAUGGACACUCACUGACCAUUCAAUCCUGUCUCACCAAGCCAAACUCUCACAUGUUUUAUACUCGACUUCCCUCCUUGUUUUCCCAGUCAAAGUUACUCUUACUAAAUCUAGCAGCUAAAAGCAUCUCUCCCCAGCUUAAUUUCCUCUCUCUCUCUCUNAUUACUUCUCUCUCUCUCUCUCUCUCUCUCUCUCUCUGUCCCUUCUCACAGUGGCAGAUGGCUCCUAAGAAGGAUGGAGUGAGUAAAAGAGUUAUGAACAAAGGAGCAUGGACAGCUGAGGAAGAUCGAAAAUUGGCUGAAUAUAUUAAGAUUCAUGGUGCAAAGAGAUGGAAAACUAUCGCAAUUAAAGCAGGUUUGAGUCGCUGCGGCAAGAGUUGCAGAUUGAGAUGGUUGAACUACUUGAGACCAAACAUCAAGAGAGGAAACAUAUCUGAUGAAGAAGAGGACUUAAUUCUUAGGCUUCACAAACUGCUAGGGAACAGGUGGUCCUUGAUUGCUGGGAGACUUCCAGGUCGAACAGACAAUGAAAUUAAGAACUACUGGAAUUCACAUUUGAGCAAGAAAAUAAAUCAGGAGAAAACAGAACAAACUUCAACCUCAGAACAAACUGUGCCACAGCAAACUUGGGAAACAGUUCAGAUGGUAGAAGAGGUAGCAAAAGGAAGUGAUGAGAACUUGGAACUUAGCUUUGAUGCAAACGAGUUCUUUGACUUCUCAACUCAAGGUUGCUUUGGUUUGGACUGGGUGAAUAAGUUCCUUGAACUUGAUGAUCAGACUCCAUAGCAAUUGUAUAAGUUUGUAAUAAUCCAUGCUUCCUCCUCUGAAAAAAUAAAAUAAAGAGAUGUUUGGGGCAUUGUUAUGUGUUAACUUGAAUUAAAAUUGCUCUAAUUUGCUGCAUUAUUUUA